AUGGCAGGUUCCAUACUCUCCGUCAACAAUGUAGGCAACGGGCACCCCGAAACACCCGGAUACAAUCUCAAUAUCUAUAUGCCGGACCGUCGCCAUGGGGGUCUGUCUCCCGCCGUCGUCGAGAGCGUUGCCGGCCUCAGCGCCGUCUACCGCAGCGCCGGGCAAUCGGCCUCGCCCCCGACAACAGUCACCACGCUGCGCUCCCUCACGUCCAACAGCCGGCCCAUCCUCUCGCUCUACCGCGGCCUCACGCCCAACCUCGUCGGCAACGCAACCUCCUGGGCGUCCUUCUUCUUCUUCAAGUCCCGCUUCGAGCGCGCCAUCGCCUACUCCAACCGCCGCGCCCGCCCCUCCGCGGCAGACUACUUCUUGGCCUCUGCCCUCGCCGGCGCCUCGACCUCGGUGCUCACGAACCCCAUCUGGGUGCUCAAGACACGCAUGCUCUCAUCAGACAAGGGCUCCGUGGGCGCCUACCCCUCCAUGCUGGCCGGCGCGCGGACAAUCCUGCGCACGGAGGGCGUGCGCGGGUUCUACAGAGGCCUUGCCGUUUCGCUGCUGGGUGUCUCUCAUGGCGCCGUCCAGUUCGCCGUGUACGAGCCCACCAAGAGGGUGUAUUUCAACAACCGCAUCGCCGAGGGGGACGCGAACCCGCGGCUGACCAACGAGGCCACCGUUGUGAUAUCCAGCGUGGCCAAGUUGGUGGCCGGCGCGGUGACGUAUCCGUAUCAGGUUCUGCGGAGCAGGAUGCAGAAUUACCGCGCCGACGAGAGGUUUGGAAGGGGGAUCAGAGGCGUCGUGAGGAGGAUUUGGAUGGAAGAGGGUGUGGUAGGGUUUUAUAGGGGGUUGGUGCCCGGCGUGGUGAGGGUGAUGCCGGCUACGUGGGUGACGUUUUUGGUUUACGAGAAUGUGAGGUACUAUUUGCCAGCGUGGAUGGCGUAG